GCGUCACGGGGCGAGAGUCAGCUGAGCUGCCGGGGUGAGGUUGGGAUCACCUGGGACCGGCUGAGGGGGUCCUGAUAUCUUUUGAGACGGGACUGGGGUGCAAAACUGCGCCAGAUUCUAGGGGGAGGGUCCCAGGAUCUUCUAGACCUUUAAGGCGAGAGCGAGAAGGCCCUCAGGAUUUUAAAAAGGAGGCGGCGGCAGGUUCCCAGGAUCUGUCAGAGGCUGGGGAGUCGCAGUUUACAAUCCGGCGCGACGGGGAUCUCUGGGGGGAGCCCUGUUGUGAUUUCCCCGGGCCCGGACGAAGGGCCACCAGACCCAGUACCAUGGCAACCAUCCUGGAUGAGUAUGAGGACGCACUGUCCCGCUCGGCCGUCUUGCAGCCCGGCUGUCCCAGCGUGGGCAUCCCCCACUCUGGGUAUGUAAAUGCCCAGCUGGAGAAGGAAGUGCCCAUCUUCACGAAGCAACGCAUUGAUUUUACUCCUUCCGAACGCAUCACCAGUCUUGUGGUCUCCUGCAAUCAGCUGUGCAUGAGCCUGGGCAAGGAUACACUGCUCCGCAUUGAUCUGGGCAAGGCAAACGAACCCAACCAUGUGGAGCUGGGGCGCAAGGAUGAUGCCAAGGUCCACAAGAUGUUCCUGGACCACACUGGCUCUCACCUGCUGAUUGCUCUGAGCAGCACUGAGGUCCUCUAUGUGAAUCGUAAUGGACAGAAGGUACGGCCACUGGCACGCUGGAAAGGGCAGCUGGUGGAGAGCGUGGGUUGGAACAAGGCACUGGGCACUGAGAACAGCACAGGCCCCAUCUUGGUGGGCACCACCCAAGGCCAGAUCUUCGAAGCAGAGCUCUCAGCCAGUGAAGGUGGGCUCUUUGGCCCUGCCCCGGAUCUCUACUUCCGUCCACUGUACGUGCUAAAUGAAGAAGGCGGUCCAGCACCUGUGUGCGCCCUGGAGGCUGAGCGGGGUCCUGAUGGGCGCAGCUUUGUCAUUGCCACCACUAGGCAGCGCCUCUUCCAGUUCAUAGGUCGAGGAGCAGAGGGGGCCGAGGCACAGGGCUUUUUGGGGCUCUUUGCUGCCUACACAGACCACCCACCCCCAUUCCGUGAGUUUCCUAGCAACCUAGGCUACAGCGAAUUGGCUUUCUAUACUCCCAAGUUGCGCUCUGCGCCUGCAGCCUUUGCCUGGAUGAUGGGGGAUGGCGUGUUAUAUGGCUCACUGGACUGCGGGCGUCCUGACUCUUUGCUGAGUGAGGAGCGAGUCUGGGAGUACCCAGAGGGGGUAGGCCCUGGGGCCAGCCCGCCCCUAGCCAUCGUCUUGACCCAGUUUCACUUCCUGCUGCUGCUGGCAGACCGGGUGGAGGCAGUGUGCACACUGACCGGGCAGGUGGUGCUGCGGGAUCACUUCCUAGAGAAGUUUGGGCCCCUGAAGCACAUGGUGAAGGACUCCUCCACGGGUCAGCUGUGGGCCUACACCGAGCGUGCAGUCUUCCGUUACCAUGUGCAGCGCGAGUCCCGGGAUGUCUGGCGCACCUACCUGGACAUGAACCGCUUUGACCUGGCCAAGGAGUAUUGUCGAGAUCGGCCUGACUGCCUGGACACGGUCCUGGCCCGGGAGGCUGAUUUCUGUUUCCGCCAGCGUCGCUACCUGGAGAGUGCUCGCUGCUAUGCCCUGACCCACAGUUACUUUGAGGAGAUCGCCCUCAAGUUCUUGGAGGCCCGACAGGAGGAGGCUCUCGUUGAGUUCCUGCAGCGAAAACUGGCCAGUUUGAAGCCAGCUGAGCGUACCCAGGCCACACUGCUGACCACCUGGCUGACAGAGCUCUACCUGAGUCAGCUCGGAGCACUGCAGGGUGACCCAGAGGCCUGGAACCUGUACCGGGACACGCGGGAGCGCUUCCGUACAUUCCUUAGCAGCCCUCGGCACAAGGAGUGGCUCUUUGCCAGCCGGGCCUCUAUCCAUGAGCUGCUGGCCAGUCAUGGGGACACAGAGCACAUGGUGUACUUUGCAGUGAUCAUGCAGGACUAUGAGCGGGUAGUGGCAUACCACUGCCAGCACGAGGCCUAUGAGGAGGCUCUGGCUGUACUUGCCCGCCACCGUGAUCCCCAACUCUUCUACAAGUUCUCACCCGUCCUCAUCCGCCAUAUCCCCCGCCAGCUGGUUGAUGCCUGGAUGGAGCUGGGCAGCCGGCUGGAUGCACGGCAGCUCAUCCCUGCCCUGGUGAACUAUAGCCAGGGUGGCGAGGCCCAGCAGGUGAGCCAGGCCAUCCGCUACAUGGAGUUCUGUGUGAACGUGCUCGGGGAAACUGAACAAGCCAUUCACAACUACCUGCUGUCAUUGUAUGCCCGUGGCCAACCAGACUCACUGCUGGCCUACCUGGAGCAGGCUGGGGCCAGCCCGCAUCGUGUGCAUUAUGACCUCAAGUAUGCACUACGACUCUGCGCUGAGCAUGGCCACCACCGUGCUUGUGUCCAUGUCUACAAGGUGCUGGAGCUGUAUGAGGAGGCUGUGGACCUGGCCCUUCAGGUAGAUGUAGACCUGGCCAAGCAGUGUGCAGACUUACCUGAGGAGGAUGAGGAGCUGCGCAAGAAGCUGUGGCUGAAGAUCGCUCGGCACGUGGUACAGGAGGAGGAAGAUGUGCAGACGGCUAUGGCCUGCCUGGCCAGCUGCCCCCUGCUCAAGAUUGAGGAUGUGCUGCCCUUUUUUCCUGAUUUUGUCACUAUUGACCACUUUAAGGAGGCGAUCUGCAGCUCACUUAAGGCCUACAAUCACCACAUCCAGGAGCUGCAACGAGAAAUGGAAGAGGCCACUGCCAGUGCCCAGCGCAUCCGUCGAGACCUGCAGGAACUGCGUGGCCGCUAUGGCACAGUGGAGCCCCAGGACAAAUGUGCCAGCUGCGACUUCCCUCUGCUCAACCGCCCCUUUUACCUGUUCCUCUGUGGCCACAUGUUCCAUGCUGACUGCCUGCUGCAGGCCGUGCGGCCUGGCCUGCCUGCCUACAAGCAGGCCCGGCUGGAGGAACUGCAGCGAAAGCUUGGGGCUGCACCACCCCCAGCCAAGGGCUCUACUCGGGCCAAAGAGGCUGAGGCUGGGGCUGCUGCUGGGGGGCCCAGCCGGGAGCAGCUCAAGGCUGACCUAGAUGAACUGGUGGCUGCCGAGUGCGUGUACUGUGGGGAGCUGAUGAUCCGCUCUAUUGACCGGCCCUUCAUUGACCCCCAGCGCUACGAGGAGGAGCACCUCAGCUGGCUGUAGGAGGGUGCCCCCUGGCGAAUGGGCAGGCAGGGGGAGCCACUACUCGGCCCUCUUGGCAAGACCACACUCUGGUCUGUGCCCAGUCAUUUUGCAGUUGCUAGGCAGUGACUGUGUGGGGCAGUGGUCACCCUGAAGUGUCAGGUGAGAGCACAUUUGGCCUGCUUCUUGCUGUGCUUCAGACCUGCCUUAGAGCUAAUCUCACUGUAGGCCAUUAGCCUGGAGAAGUUCAGAACCUGACUGGUUCUGGCCCCUUCAUCUAAUAGCUUUGUCCUUGUCACUCCCCACCCUGUUCACCUGGACUGAGAGCACCUUCUUCCUUCACUCUGUGGCCUCUGGACUUCAGCUCUUGUCCCUCAGGGGGAGCUCCCUCUUCUGUCUGCCCCUAAGUGUCCCACAGUGGAAAGGCAGCCCUCCAAGCCCUGGCCCUAGGGGAAGUGGUGCUAAUUAAUGGUGAGCCUGGUCUUGUGCAUACUCUGGAGCUCCAGUUUGUGAGUGCCCUGGGGCUGAGGGCUUCAUGGAGACAGUGGAAGAUGGUGACAGGCGGAGAGCAUUAAACUGUCUUCACUGCA